AUGGCGUCCGAGAUUCCCAAAGGUGCUGGUACGGGAGGCCGUGGUUGGCGCAGCGCAAGGGAUGAAAGUCGCCGAUAUGAAUCAACAAGAUACGCCGGGCCCAGGUGGCUAAGGGAGCGCAACUAUCACACCCGCCUGCCUUCAGUGGCUGUCCUUGUUCGCGACUUCCCGGAGGUUGCGGCAGUGCUGAUGCAACACGAAUUCACGCGCAUCAUCGAUAAUGGUGACGAUCCAUCACCGCGUAAGCUGACGAGCAGCGUCAAACAUCUGGUACCGUCCCGUCAUACCCGUGCUGCUACUCAGAGGGGUGGAGCCGUAGAUGCGCUGCGAGCUGCACGAGGCGGCGGACACGGUGUUUCGCUGUCCUUCAUCGACAACGCAUGCAUUCUGGCCGUGUUGCGCGAUGCUCGUGACGCCGCAGCCGUCCACUCGCUGGCUGAUGCGUUCUUGCGCGUGGUUCGAGGCGCUCUGGCAGGAGCAAUGCCGGCGUGCGGAACUCCACUGACGACAUGGUGUACUAUGGCCGUGGAACGCAAUCCCCCCCGCGCUGACGGACGUCCGGGUCGCGCUCCAUCUGCCUCUGAAGACACGAUGCCUGUCAACAAGUCGCGUGCGGAAACAGAGACCGAGUACCUCCAGUGGGCGGACCGCCAGGACGACCGCCUGGAUGUGGAUGAUGAUGACGACAUGGAGGAUACCUGGAUGCCAGAAGAUGAACCUGUUGAUGAGGAGGUGGAAGCUGAUGGGCGCGAGCACCGCUCGCUGUCAGAGGUGAUGGCGUCCUCAAGCCAGGCAACUGCAGGCGAGCAACGUCCGCGUGGGCGAGGGCAGACUACCAACCGUCACACUGCUAGCACCACCAACGCGCCAACGACGGCUGAUGUCUCGAUCGAUGCUGCGAUCGCCGCCCGGAUCGCGGAGCAGGAACGUCGUAUUCACGAGCUGAACCAGACCAUUGCCGGGCUCGAGAGGAAUCCCGGGCCGGUCAAGUACCCUUCCCGUCCACGUGUCACGCCUCGGGCCGUUCGCGCACGUGAAGCGCCAUUGGACGAGCCCGCACCAGUGCGCCAGCGCACAGCUGCGGCCCGCGCCGCCGGGCGGAAAGCAAAGGUAACUGGCGAGGCAAGGGCGCCGAUGGUGGAGGCAGCUCUCGCCAGGGAGAUUUGA